CAGUAUAGCGUGCGUCUGCCUCACCCCUCUGUCCCGUGGUGGGAGAACGCACAGUGCAGGAGGUUUCCCGAAGUCACUGGUACAUUAGGGCAGGGGUUACUGGCCACUCCUUGGCCUCAGAUACCACCAGCAGGUCAUUUGUUGUGGUUGUCUUUGAUCACCCACAGGUAAGCCUAUAUAAUCACUUCUGUCGGUAAUCUUAUGAUUAUAUUUUGGGUUAUUUGAAAGAAAAAUGGCAUCACCAAGUCGGGCUUCUGUGUUGAGUCUCUACAAGAUCAUGCUAAGAGAAAGCCAGACGUUUUCUUCCUACAACUACAGAACAUAUGCAAUCAGAAGAAUAAGAGAUGCUUUCAGAGAAAAAAAGAAUGUUCGUGAUUCUCAUGAGAUACAGACUCUUGUCAACUUGGGUAAAGAGAACUUGGAUGUUAUUCAGCGCCAGGUUACCAUUGGCCACUUAUACUCCACUCAAAAACUGGUCAUUGAAUCGUCAGGAAACCAGUGAUACUGAGAGAAAAACAGAACAAGACAAUCAUCACAUAAUUCACAAAGUGAAGACAAUUCAAUAUACCGUACUAGGAGAAUGAAGAUCUGGACAGAAAUAAAAACAAACAUUGAUUGACUGUUUCAUAUAGUCCAACAUGUCUCCAUGUAUAGUAUUCCUUACACAUCAAUAUUAAAAAUUGCCUAGAAAUCUUCA